CUGCGUUUUCUCUGUCCGCAGGACCCCUACCUUGACGUGCCCGAGGCGUCGACCUACGAGCUGAGCGCGUGCUACAACGUGAGCGUGGACUGCCGCUCGGGCGACAUGGUGGCGCGCAUCAAGACGAGCAAGCUCUUCUCUGGCAAGAUCUACGCCAAGGGCUCGCCCAACUCGUGCGUCCAGGACGUGCAGGGCUCGCUCGACUUCGAGCUGCGCAUGGCCUACGACGACGUCGAGUGCAACGUCAAGCACCAGGGCCUGGGCCGCUACCUCAACGACGUGGUCAUCCAGCACCACGACACGAUCGUCACCAGCUCCGACCUGGGGCUGGCCGUCACCUGCCAGUACGACCUGACCAACAAGAGCGUCUCCAACGAGGUGGACCUUGGCGUGCGCGGCGAGGUCCGACCGGUGCUCACCGAGGAGGUCAACGUCGACUCCCCCAACGUGGCCAUGAAGAUCACCGACCGCCGCGGGAGCGAGGUGCUCCCCGCAGCCGAGGUCGGCGACCCGCUCGCCCUCCGCUUCGAGAUCCUCGACCGCCACUCGCCCUACGAGAUCUUCGUGCGCGAGCUGGUCGCCAUGGACGGCGUCGACUCGUCCGAGAUCGUCCUCAUCGACUCGAACGGCUGCCCGACCGACCACUUCAUCAUGGGCCCGCUCUACAAGUCCGUCGAGUCCGGAAAGGUGCUGCUGUCCUACUUCGAUGCCUUCAAGUUCCCCUCGUCCGAGGUGGUGCAGUUCCGCGCCCUCGUCACCCCGUGCCUGCCCGCCUGCGAGCCCGUGCAGUGCGACACCGAGGACUCAUCCGGCGAGCUCCGCUCGGUCCAGUCCUUCGGCAAGCGGCGCCGGCGCCGCUCCACGUCAUCCACGGCCGUGUCCAACCCGAGCGCGCGCGAGGACCUACUGCUUGUGCAGAGCAUCCGCAUCAUGGACAAGUUCGGCUUCGACCCCAGCAAGCUGGCCGGCAACACAUCAUCGAGCAGCGACACGGUCUUCGUGUCCGAUGACGGGUCGGCGGCCGUGUGCGUCAACCUGGCCGGCGUCGUGGUCGCGGGCAUCGUGUUCCUGGCGGCGCAGCUCGCCGUCAUCGCCAUCUGGACGUGCGUGUGGCAGCGGCGACGGGGCAGCAAGGAGAGCCACCUCGACAGCCUGGACGGCAUGUCCGUCAGCGUAGCCAGCCACCACGGCAGCCACCUGGGCAGCCACCACGGCAGCCACCACGGCAGCCAUCACAGCAGCCACCACGGCAGCCACGUCUCGCGCACCGACUCCCUCUGCAAGCUGUACGACACGGGGUACGCGCGCAGGUUCUAGAACUGAGGUUUCCAUUCCCUGCCUACAUAGACCAAGUACAAACGGCAGGACCAACCACCAUCCCAUAGGCGGGGUGUGCCAUCGACGAAGGACGCGGAUAUUCAAUCAAAAGAAAAUCAACUAAAUGACAAUCCAGCUUUACGACGAGACAAAGGACGCGAAAUCGUGGUUUCAAAGGUGUGCAUGCGUGCAGUGCACUGUGAGUGUGGUGAUCUGCAAGGCGCAGCAAGGCAUGCAUUACCUAUGGGGCGACAGACAGGACGUGAGCUCAGAUAAGAUGCUAAUGUUAUAUGACGAGACGAAUCACAGGUUAAACGGGGUGAGAUAUAGAAUAACACAGUCGAUCCGGCGGGAUUGGGUGUUUCAAAAGGAAAUUUGGGUUAACAACGGUCAUUACAGAAAAGAUGUUUAAGGAUGCACCCUGUAGUAAGAUGCCAUUUAAUUUUACAACUGAUUUAAAUUGCGCCCUUGAGUAUGAUCAGGCUGCAGAAGAUCUAAUACAAUUUCCGAAGUAAAAUUUUAAAAUUCCUCUCAAAUAGAUAAAAUAGACAGUAUUCCAAAAUAAAUGGGAUAUUAGCAGUGAUGAACGCUAGAAUUAAAACAAAAGUGAUUCUUAAUUUUAAAAGGGUUUCAGGAGAGAGGAUCUUGUUAAUGCUUGUGGAAGUCGUGGGAUACAGUACUGCCGAUUAUUUUACUGCAAGGUUGUCGCAAAUUACCCCCUUCUCCACCCUCAAUUUUUUCAUGAGAAUUAAGAGGAUCCCUUCACUGCCCGAAUCCGUAAGAAAAUUAUUUUUAGUGGUGAGAAUGAUGAUUGAAUGCAUGAGCGUGUUCUUCUAAGAAUGUGUCUUCCUACAAGUUAAUACUAUACUCCAUAAGGUUAAAAGAAGUGACUUUAUUUAGAUGUAAAGCACAAUUCUCGAGGAGCAUGUGUUUGUACGAACAACGAAAAUAUCUUAACGACUUCCCACUCCAAGCGGGCUUUGCUGCCAUAAAGAAUUAGCAAAUCUCACCUAUAUGUUUUUGUGAAAAAAGUGUAGUCUGAUUGGAGUGAGUACUUCUGCUUCGGAAGAGGAGAGUACUUCGCGAAGCUUAACUUGGAACUUGAGCUCUCAUGACCGAAUAAUAUAAAUAUAUAAAUAUAUAUAGGUAUACAUAUUUAAGAAAUGUUAUAUUUAAAUAACGAGGUGAGGAUGACCUGUUCGAUUGGUUAUGAAUGAUAUUUAUAUCAGUGAGUCCAUGUGCGAAUGUGUGUGUGAUUGUUUAUCGAGCGUUUGUCCUCUUCUCUAAUCAUCAGGGUCUACAACGAAUCCGAAUGUUGGAUUAAACUUAGUACCCUUACGUAUGUUGUUUUUCUUUUUAAUAAAGUAAAAAACAUUCGCAUUGAAAGACAAAUUAAAAGGAUUCUGGAACUGAACAGCAUUUUAAAGUGUAGGUUCUGACUGUAAAAUGUUUUUUGUGCAUUUUGCGGUCUCAAAUGUAUGUACCUGUGAACCUUCGCGUUCGGCAAAUGCCUCAUGUGAAGAGAGCCUGGUGCGGCAUAAUAUCAAUUUUAAACGUGCCUUCUUGUGUCUACUUAUGUAAUAGUUGUUCGUAACAUUGACGCUUUUCUUUUAAUAAAAAAAGGAACUAAUUUA